AUGAAAAAUAUUAAAAAAUUGAUCUUAACAUUUCAGAAUUAGAAAUUAGAAUAGCAAUAUUAAAUGGAAAGGACAGGUUCAAUCUAAAAACCGAUUUUCAUUUUUAUUAUUGGGAUAUUUUUUAUUUCUAACCUAGUUGUUUUAGGAUUCCAUUUUUUAAAUCACUCCAUUGAAACCUGGUAUUUGAAUGUCACCUUUAGCAUCUUAUCUGUUUUACUAUUCAUAAUAGUUAUAAUACUGAAAAAAAUUCACUAUCUCUAAGAUGCUCUUACUAUAGCAAAUAUUAUUGUGGGAUUUUUGGAAUUGAAUGUUGACCCAGCUACUACUAAUAAAUUAGAAUAUUACACUUAUGGAAAUACCUUUAUGUAGCUACAAGCUGUUUUAUAUAUAGUCUCUAAUUUUAGUCAUGCUGUCAUUCAAGCUUUUUGUCAUUUAAUUAUACGACUAGCACUAACAUCAAUUUUAUCAAAAAGAAUUGACUAUCUCUUAGUUUUCAUAAGCAUUAUAAGUACCUUUGUAAUACUUGUGAGUAUAUAUUUUAAUGAAAAAAAUUCAAGAAAGUGUUUUCUAUUGAGCUUGAAAGAAAAUUAUUGGUUAAAAAAUACUUCAUUUAUUAUCGACUAGCCUUUUAUUAGGCUUAACUACAUAAAAGAAUAGCUAUUGUUUAAUUUAAUUGGAUCUCAUAAAUUAGAAUACUUUCCUGGAUUUGAUAAUUAUUAUUGUGAAGGAUGUAAUGUUAGAAAGUUAUUAAGAAUUUAUAUCACAGAUAAAGCUAUCACUGUAGAAAGUCAACUACUUUAGCCAAAACUUCGACUCCCUUAAAAAUUUUUAAUAUCUUAUAAAAAGCAAAAAUUUUUAUUAAAAAUAUGUUGUGUGGACAUUCAAACUGUUGAAUACUUGGUAAUUCUUGAAAAAAUCAAUGCUGGGAUUUAAAAGGAGGAGGAAAUAUAAUUACAAUAAGCAAAUUGUAUUCAGUUUCUGAGUUCAAAUAACAAACAUGUUCAUUAAAUUUUUUUUAAUUGGGGAGCAUAAUCUCUGUUAUUUUUAAACAAAAGGAUCAUCAAAAAGAUUAACUUAUAAGACAUGAUGGUUAAACUCUUCAAAGUAUUUCGAAUGUAUAUUUUUCACAAAAUUUCUAUUGAGUUUGUUUCAUAAAAUUAGAAUACUCAAAUUUUUACCUUUUAUUAUCAAAUGAAGAUAUUUAUGAUGUAGAUUUUUGAAAUACUUUCAACAAUUUAAAGAAGAAAUUCAUUUUAAUCUCAAAUAAUUCUCAAAAGAAGGGGAUGUGAUAUCUUAAUUCAAAUAAUUAAUAUUGACCUAUAUUCUUUUAAGCAACAGUUCGAAUCAAAUUUCUUUUUAUAGAACCUCUCAAGUUUGUUGCUUAACCAUCUUGAUAUAUAGGAUAGUAUUUAAUUGCUUUUUCGGAACUAUCCCGUAAAAUCAUUUGCAAUUAAUUCUUGA